AUGGCCAAGACCAUUACCGUGACGCGGCGCGUCGACAAAACCCUCAAGAUGCGGCUCCUCCAGCUCCUCAUAAAACCCUUCCGUCCCCGUCUAGCGACUGCGAGAAAGAAAUCAUAUCCUGGCUCAGCCCGAUUGACUGCUCCGCGGGCGGUCCGGAAGCGAUGUAACGUCACCGAGCGACGGGUGAACGACAUCUGGAUCUAUGACCUCACACCGCGAUCGGCAAAAUCAACCGACGGCAGUCCCUCGCCCUCCAGUCGGAGGAUAUACUACUUCGCAGGAGGCGGAUGGCAGCAACCUCCCAGCGGUGGCCAUUGGAAAGUCCUCGCAGAACUGACCAACCGGUUGUCCGACACCACCAUCAGCGUUGUCUCCUACCCUCUGGCACCGAAAUGUCCCGCCUCCAUCACUAUGCCGUUAUUGAGGACCCUCUACGACAGUCUCAUGAAAGAAUCUGAGGGCCAGGGUGAGCAUGUAGUAUUCAUGGGGGACAGCUCUGGAGGCAACAUCAUCCUCUGUCUGGUCACCUGGGCAUUACAAAGCCCUGAAGCAAGGGCGCCGUCUGCCUUGAUGUGCAUAUGUCCAACGACUGAUCUCCGGCAUCUAGAUGAGAGGAUUGUCGAUGUAGCCAAGAAGGAUCCCAUAUUUACUUCCCAGUCUAUUGAAGGCACAGCGAACGCGUGGGUAGGCAAUGACAAAGACAGCAAGGAAUGGGGUCUGAGUGAUGCACGAGUGUCACCAGCCCUGGCCAAUUUCGAGGAGUUGAAACGCAGGCAUGUCAAAAUCAACGGCGUAAUUGGAACCUGGGAUGUUCUCUCUGUCGAAGCUAUCACGUUCCGCGAUCGAUGUUCCGAGCAGGGCAUCGAAGGGGAGUGGUUGGAGUGGGAGGGCCAGAUGCACUGCUUCCCUCUUGUAUUUCCAUACGGUUUCAAGGAGAGCACCGAAUCAGUGGACUGGAUCGUUCGCACCUUGAGUCAAUAG